AGCAGGCAGUUGUGUCGCGGAGGGUCAGUCGAGCUUCACAGGGACAUGGAGAAACGCUCGGCUUGGUCACUGGCGUGUAGCGUCCUGCUGGGCGUACUUUGCACCGUGGGUUUUUUCUACCAGGCCAACUCUGUGAUGCAGACGUACCUGGACCACCCGUACCAAUCGGUGAUGACCGCAGACAAGCGCCAGGGUCUCGUUUUUCCCUCAGUCACCAUCUGUACUGGCAGCUGGAUAAACAAGAAUUCGAGCGGCUGUAGGGAAAACCCACGACUGUGUACAAAAUAUCAACAGGAAAUGGUUUUCGGAGUGUUCCGGGCCCAGUACGAGCCAGCUUUGCGGUGGAAGAUAUCCCACGCACCGCACGAGUUGUUCGAGUGCCGCAUGCGAUCUACCACUCCCACGUGUGGGUCCUUCGACUGCAGAAAACACAUUAGGAUCACAUAUCUGAGGCUGCCCAUCCAGCUCUGCUACACUCUGGACAGCACCCGCUACGGCGCUCCGGAGACCGAGUUGGGAAAGUGCGACACUCCGUGGCUGUACGAGCUGGAAGCCAAGAUGACCGUGGAUCCGGCGCAAACUCUGCGGCUCAUGCACACGGUGCCGUUCCCGGUGUUUGUGCAGCCGCCGGGGCACUGCGUGCCCGAGCGCGUGGCGCCCGUGGCCCUGGAGCUGAACCAGAUCUACCACAUCGCCGUCAAACAGGCAAACCUCGCUCACGGAGUGUCUCUGGCGUAGGGCCGGCCUGGGCGCCAUCAAAAGGGGAGCGCC